UCAAAAUUUGCAAUAAGUUUACAACCUCUAGAUCCGUAAGACGGUGCGAUUUGUAAGCCUUCGUAUGAAUUUCGCCAAGGCUGCCAAAAAGAACCACUUGACACGGAUAUCGCGACUUUUAGCCUCGCGGAUUCGUCGAGAACGAACGACAUUGCGGUCCUGGCAACGAGUAUUCAAUUUUGGCAAAUGAAAACUAUCGAAACUGAUCUUAAAAUUUUCUUGUUCUUGGUUUAUUUUUUAUAUAUUCCUAGUCUUUUACUAGUCUCCUCUCGUUUGACGUUGUCGUCUUGUUACCCCGGUAAACAAUAAUCGUAAGUUCAACUUGUAUAUAGACACUCUCUGCAGUUCAUACGCACGAUUACAAUCUCGGAUCAUAAUUAAUACACCGAACAAACGACAAUAAAGUCGUUACAGAUCGAAGACAUAUGGCGAAAGUUGUACUAGAAAUGUAUACGUGGAAGGGCGUGCUCAAGAAUCAAUGAAAUAUAAGCGAAAUCAGCGGAUGCUCUCACGUACAGCUAUAGGAGAAUUGAUUUCUAAGAAGAAUUUCGCUAAUCUCAAGCAUGAGAGAUAUGGGAAACCGCACGGUAACGACUCGAGAGUUGCGGGGAAAAUGAGAGAAGGAAGGAAAGAAAAAAUCGAGGAAAGUGGGCCAAAAUCGAUCCUACACACCGGAAUAGAGAUUUUGGACAGACAAGGACGUUACACAAACCGAAAGUCUGCACAUUUGGGAAACACGCACGAACGCAAUAUAUACAAUAUGUGCAUACGGUGCGUGUAUCGUUCGUGUGUGUGCGUUGCGUAGGAAUUUAGCGAUAGUAUGUACGAGGCACCACUGGUAGGUGUAAAUAAAAUAAAGCUGUGUAAAACGAAGGUAUAUAGAAUUGGCGAUAAAUAAUACCUGGUUCGAAGGAAUUUUACACGUUUGUUGCAACAAAUAGCAGAAGAUCGAACGAGUUUAUAAGGUUCGUAAGCUGUCUGGCAUCCCCAAUAACAAAUCGAUAGCGGAAUGCGGGACAGAGUAAAAAAAAGCAGACCUUGCAUUCCUGAGGAGCUAAAUGGAAAUAUUUUACGAAGAGAGAAGACUUACCUGUCCAAUACACCUUAAUCGCAGUUCCCGUCCACCUCACACUUGGCAAUAGUGACAACCGACUGAUGUGUCGUGAAAUCUUGCCCCCGGAGACUUGCUUGAAUUAUUUUUUCAUUGAGAAUUAUUAAAAUCGAAUGGUAUGCGGGCAGACACACACAGCACAAGCUGUUUGACACGAGAAGUAAGUCGGGGCCCCACCACUUGUACGCAACUGGAAUGCAUGGUAUUCGUUCGAGGAGCCGA